GUCUCGCACAAAACCGCGUUGUUUCCAACUUCCGGUCCUCUUUCAACUAGCCUCCAAGAUGCCAACCAAGAAGUCCAAGACCAGAAAGCUCCGAGGACAUGUGAGCCACGGACAUGGUCGUAUCGGCAAACACAGAAAGCAUCCUGGAGGUCGUGGUAAUGCUGGUGGCCUGCAUCACCACAGAAUCAACUUUGAUAAAUACCACCCAGGUUACUUUGGUAAGGUGGGUAUGAGACAUUACCACCUGAAAAGGAACACAACUUACUGCCCCACCAUUAACCUGGACAAGCUGUGGACCCUAGUCAGCGAGCAGACCAGGGUCAACUAUGGCAAGAAGCCAGACGGACCUGCCCCUGUCAUUGAUGCUGUUCGCGCUGGCUACUACAAAGUUCUGGGCAAAGGCAAGCUUCCCAAGCAGCCAGUGAUAGUCAAGGCCAAGUUCUUCAGCCGGCAGGCCGAGGAGAAGAUCAAGGCGGUGGGAGGAGCCUGCGUGCUGAUGGCAUAACGCUCCUUUCCAUGUGGUUUUUGAAAAAGAAUAAACUGUAUAAAUGGAA